GGUUACUUUUUGUUGAUGAUCACGGAAAGCCCGCCCACUCAAAUGUUUCCGUCUGUGUCUAGCAGCAAUGGCGCUGCCUGUGGAUAUCAGCGUACUUCUACAGUCAGACGUAAUAGAGGAUUCCCUAUACAAAGAUGAAGGCGUAUGUAUAUUGGGAAUAUUUGGGAAAAGUGCUGUGCAAGCCGGAUGUGCCAAGGAGUCUCUUAUAAACAUCUUGUCAGACAAACAUGUCUUUUCCUUGUUUGGCACCGACGAGACGGACGGUCUGGAUGAACGGAGCUCGAUUAAAGCGUAUUAUAACCAGGAAAACCGUGUGUUGUAUUUAGUACUGACAACCAUUUUCGACAACCGCCAGCUUCUCCGUGCAUGUGAGUCUUUAACCUCGGGUCUAGGUCACACCGAAGCGCACGAAUUUUGGAAAGGAGCUGAUAAGGAUCACUGCCUUAAGCUGCUCUAUCUCUUCUCAUUAUGCCACAUUCUGCUGUUAGUUCAUCCUACCUGCUCCUUCGAUGUCACGUAUGACAGGUUGUUCCGCGCCUUGGACGCACUGCGCCAGAAAACGUUACCUUUUCUCCGUGGUGCCAUAAAGGAUUGCCCCGUGUCAAAGGAAUGGAAAAUGAACUGCCGGCCCUGUCCUCCUCGCCUGCUGUUUGUGUUCCAGAUGAAUGGGGCACUGAGGAUAAGUGCAUCUGGACUUGCUGGAAAUGGCAAUGAUGGCACAGGAGUAGACAAGCCUAAGAAACACUCUCCUAGGAGGCGUCUGCAACAUGCAUUAGAAGAUCAGAUCUACAGAAUAUUCCGUAAGAGCAGAGUCCUCACCAACCAGAGCAGCAACUGUCUGUUCACCGUGCCUGCAAACCAGGCUUUUGUCUACGUGGUUCCGGGACCAGAGGAAGAUCCAAUUGGGUCCCUGCUUGGGCAGUUACGGGCAAACUGUGUGCUACGUGAGUGUGACCCUGGUACACCUGCCCCUGGUCAAAGGCGAUACCAACAGAUGCGCCACUCUAACAGGCAUCCCUCGUUUAAUAUAGAGAACAGUGGUCUUUCUUUGUCCGGAGGUCAGUUAGUGGACUGUACUCUGAAGGAGUUUCUUUGGCAGCAUGUAGAACUUGUGCUGAACAAGAAAGGCUUUGACGACAGCGUGGGCCGAAACCCACAGCCGUCUCACUUUGAGUUACCCACUUACUCCAAGUGGACUCGCGUCGCCUCCAGGCUGUACCAAGUCAUGAUAGAGAACAGUGAAGAAGACACAGCAGAACUUUUCCUUAAAGUGCAGGGUCAACUCAAGGUUCUCGAAGGCUUCCUAGAUGCAGAUGCAAAAUUCUCAGAAAACAGGUGUCAGAAAGCAUUGCCGCUGGCUCACAGCACAUAUCAGUCCAACCUGCCUCACAACUACACUACCACAGUGCAUAAGAACCAGCUAGCUCAGGCCCUGCGGGUCUACAGUCAGCACGCCAGGGGAGUAGCCUUCCAGCGCUAUGCCGUACAACUUCAUGAGGAUUGCUACAAGUUCUGGAGCAAUGGACACCAGCUGUGUGAGGAGCGCAGCCUCACAGAUCAGCACUGUGUGCACAAGUUUCACCUGCUACCCAAACCAGGAGAGAAGCCUGAGGUGGAUCACAACCCUCCUAUUCUCUAUCACAACAGCAGAGGGCGCUCAACAAGUUCCUGUAAUUGCGGCAAGAAGCAAGCCCCUCGAGAAGACCCGUUCGACAUCCAGACUGCCAACUACGACUUCUAUUUAAUGCUUGAGGAGAAGUGCUGUAGUAAACUGGAGAGGAUAAACUUCCCCGUGUUCCAGGCCAGCACUUCCGACCCAGCACCUGCCUGUGACGAUGCAGCCAGACCUCAAGAAGCACCAGCUUCUGAUGCCGAACGUCUCAAAGAAAAAGAGAGUGUGACCCAUACGCCUGGAGAUAGCACAGGUCUAAGCCUCGCUCUCAGUCUUGGCCAAUCCACUGACAGCUUGGGUGCUUACGCUGAUGGAGCCGAGGGCCAUGAGAAGAGACAGAGUGUUGACAGACAGGCCUCCACUGUGGAGUAUCUACCUGGCAUGCUGCACUCUGGAUGUCCUAAAGGGCUUCUUCCUAAAUUCUCCAGCUGGUCACUGGUCAAGCUUGGGCCAGCUAAGUCUUAUAACACCCUUGUUGGUUUGGAGCAGCCUGGCUUCCUGCCUGGCUCAGCAUUUCUCCUGCCAUGGGACUUGGUGAUCCGAAGCCGCUCAGAGGAUGAUUCUAGCUCCACAGAGCUUGAUGGCGGAGCAUCAUCAUGGCCAGCUCCCAAUAAAGUGCCUGCUGGGAAACGGAGCACUGUAGGGAUCGGCCGCGGCCGAAGGCGUGAUGACGUCUCGCGUGUGUAUGUGGGGUUUGAGUAUGAGGACAGCAGGGGCCGCCGUUUCCUCAGCUCUGGUCCAGAUAAAGUAGUGAAGGUACUUGGACAGGGAGGGCCCAAGGAGCCAGCCACUCGAGUCCUGAACUCGGACAUGCCCCUGUACAUUCCAUCUCCUGCCCAGGGCAGAGGAAUCAAGCCUCACUAUGCUCAGCUGGCCCGCCUCUUUGUUGUGGUUCCUGAUGGACCUAUUGAGAUUAUGCUUAGCCCACAGGUUCAGCCAGGGCCACCUCCUUGUCCCAUUUUCCAUCCUGAGCAGCCAGAGGUUGUGCUGCCCCCUGAUGGACUGUGGGUGCUACGAUUUCCCUAUGCCUACCUGACAGACAGUGGACCAUGCUAUCCUCCAAAAGAGAAUCAACCCCUGGCCAGCUUCCGGGUCCUGAAGGGCAUUUUGCGUGCCAAUACUGCUUGUUCUCCUGCACAGUGAUACACAGUACUUCAAUGAUUUAAGAGAUUGCUUUCUUAGCAAGCCUGAAAAUCUUUCCCCUUUAUGUUCUAACACUUUUUUAAAACUGUGCUUAUGACUUAAUAAAUAACUGUUUCAUGAUCACGAAAA